AAGAGAAUGCCCAAACAAGCCAUGUCACGUCACUGAAGUUCAGUCUAAUUCUUCUCUCGAUCUGUGUGGCUGUGUUUGCAAGCAUCUCCUUCUUAUAUACUCUGUAAACUUAAAUUUCUUCAUCUUUUGGAUAACACUAUGGACCUUUGAAAAAAACCCCAUCUCUCAAAUGGGGUAUCUCUCUAAACCCUGAAAUUUCAUAACUUUUGUUCCUAUUGGUGUUGGUGUUCUUGUUCAGUCCAUAUAAUCCCAGAUGGUCGUUUUAUUGGAGAUGUGGGUACUUGUCAUUAUUGUUGCAGUUUCUCUUCAAAGUCGGGUUCUUUUGAGUUCACAGAAUCUGACAUGCAAUUCUGAUGAUGUGAGAGGAUUAAGGGGUUUCAUGAAUGGACUGGAAUCGCCAAUUGAUGGGUGGUGGCCAAAAUUUUCAUCAUCCUUUUCAUCUUCCAGUUGCUGCAACUGGGUCGGCAUCAAUUGUAAUUCCACUUCUGGUAGGAUUGUUAGAUUAGAACUCCCGAAUCACGUAUUGACGGGGAGUGUCUCCGAUUCAUUUUCUAAUUUAAAUCAUCUCCGGACACUGAAUCUUUCACACAAUUUUCUUACAGGCCCUCUUCCCGUUUCCUUAUUUCUUCUCCCCCAUUUGGAAGUAGUUGAUUUAAGUGGUAAUAGAUUCAAUGGGGUUUUACCACUUAACAUAAACCUGCCUGCACUUCAAGUAUUAGACAUAUCUGAUAAUGCCUUUGGGGAUUCACUUCCAUCCGGUUUAUGUGUUAACUCCACCAGAAUUCACGUUCUUAUAUUUGCUGCGAAUUACUUCAAUGGAACUAUUCCGCUUGAAUUUGGGAAUUGCAAUUUCCUUGAGCAUCUGGACGUGGCUUCCAAUUAUCUUUCAGGCGUCAUACCCAAGUUCUUAUUCACGUUACCUAAGUUGGUGGAAUUGGCACUACAUGAUAACAGGUUCACCGACAUAGAGGGAAUUGGUAAUUCCACUAGUCAUCUGGUUCGUUUGGAUAUUUCAUCCAACAGGUUCUCAAGAAAUAUACCCGAUUUCUUCCAUAGGUUUCCGAAUUUAAGUUAUUUCUCAGCUCAUUCCAACAAUCUGUUUGGUGGGAUACCUCCAUCAUUGUCACAUUCACCCUCCAUUUCUUCCCUCAGCUUGAGAAACAAUUCUUUGGAUGGUAAAAUCAAUUUCAACUGCUCCGCCAUGGUUAACCUUACCUCACUUGAUCUGGCUUCUAAUAACUUUUCGGGUACAAUACCUGAUGCUCUUUCAUCUUGCCAAAAGUUAAAAGCUUUAAAUCUUGCCAGGAACCCCAUACUCAAAGGCCAAAUCCCACAAACUUUUAAGAAUUUCCCUUCUCUUUCUUACCUUUCACUUUCCAAUUGUAGCCUCAGUAACCUGUCAACAGCUCUUAAAGUUCUCCAGCACUGCCCCAAUCUAUCUGUUUUGGUUCUUACUAUGAACUUCUAUAAUGAACAGCUGCCACCUGAUGAUGAUCUACAGUUCAAAUCACUCAAAGCUCUAGUGAUUGCCAAUUCCAAUCUCACUGGUAGCAUUCCACCAUGGCUAAAGGGUUUAACGCAGUUGCAGUUGCUGGAUUUUUCUUGGAACCACAUGACAGGAUCGAUCCCGGGGUAUUUGGGUAAUUUUAAGUCUCUCUUUUACUUGGACCUAUCCAACAAUUCCUUUUCAGGAGAGAUACCCAAGAAUCUAACACGAUUAGAAAGCCUGAUUUCAAGAGAUAUGUCAUUAAAGGAUCCGUCACCAAGUUUCCCGUUUUUUAAAAUACGGAACAUGAGCGCCAGAGGAUCAAUAGCGCAGUACAAUCAGAUCAUGAGAUUUCCACCGCUUUUAGACCUCAGUUACAACCACCUCACGGGCCCAAUCUGGCGGGAGUUUGGGAACUUAAAAAAGCUACAUGUUCUGGAUCUGAAACACAACAAUUUAUCAGGUACGAUUCCCGGUUCUUUAUCAGGUAUGAGGAGCAUAGAGACGCUGGAUCUUUCUUUUAACAGUCUCACAGGAACAAUCCCUACGUCUCUGGUCAAUUUCCAACAUUUACAAACUCCACCUUUGAAGGAAACUCUGGUUUAUGUGGCGAUUUUUUCAUCAACUGUGACAAAAUUCAAGUCCCUUUGCAAACUCCUGCAUCCGAGAACAACCAGGAAGACUUUGCCAUUAUUUUGCCUGUAUUGACUGGGUUUGGAGCUGGUUUCUUUGUCACUGUCAUCGCAUUGCUUGUUGUUCCUGCAAUUAGGGAUAAAAGUAAAAGGAAUUAAAUUGAGUAAUGUUGGUCUAUGUUCUCCAAUGGCAGACCUACGUCACUCUUUCUUGUCCAGCGAGUUUUCUCUUUCUAUCUAUAAUCUACGUAAAUAAGACAUGGAGUGUAUUCUCUAUGCAAUGUGUGUUUCUUAAGCCGCCCAUGGUGAAUGUGGUUUUUUGUUAUUUA